GGACACGCGGCUAGUAAGGGGGUGGGGCUGGACUCCAUCGCCAGGGCUGGGGCUGCCACUCCACGCACAGCCUCCCUCAGUUAACGGCCAAGUCUCCAGGGACCGGCAGAAAGCCCCAAAGCCUGAGCUCGAGAACGAGCGCUGGCCAAGCACGGGGCUCGAGGAUGCCUCACCACGUGGGGACGCCAAGGCUGUUGCCAGGGACGACGACGACGACGAUACGUCCGCAUACGUCGACGUUCUGCUCCCGGAAGUGAGUGUCGGCGGGCUGCGGAGCCCGGCUUCUGACGUCCAGAUGCUGGGGAAUCUGUUCUUGGGACAUAGAACACUACUCUCCUGCAGUUGUAGUAGAGUCUCCCUUUUGAAGAAGUAUCUAUUCACAAUGAAAGUAGAGUCACCGGAAUUUCAGUCCCUUUUUACAGAAGGACUAAAGAACCUGACAGAGUUAUUCAAUAAAGAAAAAUAUGAAUUAAGAAUAGCAGGAGGAGCUGUGCGAGAUUUAUUAAAUGGAACAAAACCACAAGAUGUGGACUUUGCUACCACUGCUACUCCAGCUCAAAUGAAAGAGAUGUUCCAGGCUGCUGGGAUUCGUCUGAUCAAUAACAAAGGAGAAAAACAUGGAACUAUUACCGCCAGACUUCAUGAAGAAAAUUUUGAAAUCACGACACUAAGGAUUGAUGUCAUUACAGAUGGAAGGCAUGCAGAGGUGGAAUUCACGACUGACUGGCAGAAGGAUGCUGAGCGGAGAGAUCUCACCAUCAACUCCAUGUUUUUAGGUUUUGACGGUACCCUCUAUGACUACUUUAAUGGCUAUGAAGAUUUGAAAAAUAAGAAAGUUAGAUUUGUUGGAAACCCUAAAGAGAGAAUUCAAGAGGAUUAUCUUCGAAUUUUGAGAUAUUUCAGGUUUUAUGGAAGAAUAGCAGAUAGAUCUGGUUCUCAUGAUUCAAAGACUUUGGAAGCAAUUAAAGAAAAUGCAAAAGGUUUGGCUGGAAUUUCUGGAGAGAGGAUUUGGGUGGAACUGAAAAAAAUUCUUGUUGGUAACCAUGCAAAUCAUUUGGUUCAUCUAAUGUAUGAUCUUGAUGUGGCUCAUUACAUUGGUUUGCCUGCUGCUGGGAGUUUAGAGGAAUUUAACAAAGUCAGCAAAAAUGUUGAAACGCUUUCUCCUAAGCCAAUGACUCUUUUGGCCUCAUUAUUCAAAGUACAGGAUGAUGUUAAAAACCUUGAUUUGAGAUUGAAGAUUGCAAAAGAAGAAAAAAAUCUUGGCUUGUUUAUAGUGAAAUAUAGGAGAGAUUUAACUAAAGCUGCUGAUAGUUCAGAACCACUGAAACCAUAUCAAGAUUUUGUUUUAGACUCUAGGGAACCUGAUAUACUUACUCGAAUUUGUGAACUGCUCAAAUACCAAGGAGAGGCAGGUCUUCUCAAGGAAAUGCAACAGUGGUCUAUCCCUCCUUUUCCUGUCAGUGGCCAUGAUGUAAGAAAAGUUGGUAUUUCUUCAGGAAAAGAAAUUGGGUUAAUAUUACAGCAAUUGCGAGAACAGUGGAAGAAGAGUGGCUACCAGAUGGACAAGGAGGAACUUCUGAGUUUCAUAAAGAAGGCCUGAAAAUGAUUGGCGGGCUCUACCUGGAUAAUCUCUAAGGUCUUUUCUGGCUUGGCAUCUCAAGAAACCUUUGACAUGAAAUGAAAGCUUUGGGGCUAAGAAGCAACACUCUUGAUAAAAAGCCGUUAGAAGAAAAGCCCAUUUGGGGGACUUAGGAAAACCUUGAAGUUUUUCUAUUUUAAGUUUCAUGCACAAAUCUCAAACCUACUUAAUGGGACUGUUCCGGUCAUGGAACAGAAGUGCCUAGCCUACCAUUUGUUUCACAUGUUAAUGGUAAAUACAGACUUAUCGCCAUAGACUUCUUUGUGGUGUUUGAUUUAUUCCUGUAGAAUUCCUACCUUCCGCUGUACAGUCCAAAUCAAACUGCUUGACUUCUCUAACUUUGUGUUUCUGGGAUUUUGAAAUGGAAAAAAUGACUGGCUGAAAUAAAGAUUUCAGUGUUUACAUUUGA